AUGCCCGCCGUUGCAGCCGUGCCACCGGCCACGCCCCAGGGGCUCGCCGCCCCUCUGCCGUACGAACCGCCCCUAAAGCCCGACGCCUGGCACGCCUGGCUCGAAGCCUAUCAGUCUGGGCAGUGGACCCGCAUUCCGCAACCCGCACCGCCACUAGCCCAGCUGUCGGCCUCACUGCCGUCCACCCCCAGCCCUUGGACCGACGCCUGCGCCGACCCGCUGCGGCCCCAGGUCAUCGACACCAAGACGGGCGCCGUCACAUCGCCGUUCGACUUCUUCCGCUGCUACAACCACCUUGCCCCGCCAAAGGCCCCCCUCGAGCGCCUGCAGGCAAGGGAGAAUGCCGUCAUCCGCCACAAGCUCGAGCAGCCCGCCCUCAACCCUAUCCUCGACAUCUACGUCCAGCACGCCCGCGACGUCCUCGACGCCGACUACGGCGCCGUCUCGAUGGCCUCGCUCGACCGGCUCCACAUCAACCUCUUUUCGUCGUUUGGCUGCGGCCUCGAGGACCUCUCAUGCCUCACCACGUCGACCUCGAUCUGUGCCCAUGCCCUCCUGCUUGAGGGCGAGUGCAUGGUCAUCCGGGACCGCUCCAAGGACUGGCGCUUCCGGUCGCUCCCCUUCGGUCCCCACCCGGACUCGGGCGUCGAUGCACCACAGGGCUUCCAGUUCUACGCAUCGGCUCCGCUGAUGGCGUCGGCGCCCGCAGUGCCGACGUGCUCAAAUCGGUCCAGCACCGGCGAAGGCCAGAGCGCGGCAGGCGCGACCGACUCGGACGUCAAGGUCCCCAUCGGCCGGCUGUGCGUCAUCGGAGUCGAGCCUCGGCCCGACUUCUCGGAAAAGGACCUGGCCCGGCUCAAGACCAUCGCCGAGAUGGCCAGCAAGGCCGUCGAGAGCGUCUGGCAGGCGAAUCGGUCGGCGAGGGUUUUGAAGAUGCAGGAGAGCACCGCCAACCUGGCCGCGCUGCUCGAGCAGCAGAGCUACGCUCUGAUGUGCGACGGCGAUGCUCAGCAGGACGCCAACGACGGCUUCCUCGCCGCAGUGGCGACCACGUUGCGCGAGACGCUGGACGCCUCUGCUGCCUUCUGCCUCGACGUGUCUUCGUUUGGCGCGGCAUCGGUGGCGAGGGGCACAGCGGCGAGGCGCAGGGACAGCGCCAUCGACGUGUUGAGCAUCUUUGCUGCCGGUCCGGAGCGCCGUCCGUCUCUGCCCGUGACGAUGACGGACCGGCAGCAGCACAGCCGUCGCCAACAAACCCACCACCACCAGCAGCGCGAGCAGCCCGUCUUCGCCCCGACGGUCCUCGCUGCAGACGGCGAUCUCACAGGGUAUACGAUCGCCGCACUGGACCAUGCCGCCGGCCGCAAGGCUGUGUUCGACUGGCUGCUCCAGCGUCAGCAUUCUGGCUGGGCCCAAGCAGACAUAUUCCAGGCGGACCAGGAGGCAGAAGAUAGUGAGGCAUCGACAGCCUUUGCCCCGUUGCGCAGGCUUGUGCCAGAAGGCACCCAGACAUGCGUCACUCACGUCGUCAUGAACGCCGAGCGGACCGAGCCGCUCUUCGUGUUCCUCGUGCCUUUCCAGAAGCGCACCGUGGUCGAGGACUUUGACGUCGACUUUGUCCUUUCGCUUGGGCUGAUCCUGCAGAGCAUGGUGUUGCGGCAGCGGGCGAUGCAGUCCGAGAGGGCCAAGGUGUCGUUCAUCCGGCAGAUGAGUCACGAGCUGCGCACGCCGCUGCACGGCGUCACGGGUGUUGCUUCGCAGCUGGCCUCUCGGCUGCUCGAAGGACCCGCUGCGACGCCGGAUGGUGAUCGCACCGAGACCGUCUGGCUCGCCAAGGCCAUCCUCUCGGCUGGGCAGGAUCUACACAAGGCAAUCAACGACCUGAUCGACGUCAACGACCUCACCGUAUCAGCCCCGGACACGGCCGGCGCCGGCGGUGGCGACGACCAGUUAUCGGAGGCGUCCGACACCACGCUCGACCUGGUUGAUCUCGUGGAAGCGACGGCUCUUGCCGAGCAACAGUGGUUCGCAGCGCGCGCCACCGAGGGGUCCCACAAGCCUCCGAUGUUGCUCGUCCACGAAGCUCCGUCUCCCUCUGCUGCCGCGAUGGAAAGGCCAACGAUCCGGCAGAAGGACGGCCAGAUUGUGCGCAAGGUGGUGCAGCAGAUCGUCAACAACGCGUUCCGCUUCUCGAAAGCGACCGGGGCCGUCGUCGAUGUCCGCGUCCAGCCGUCGUCGAGCCGAGCAAGCAGCCCGACGGCGUCCACCGACGGCGCCACAGCAGCCGCCCCCGUCACCACCAUCGCGAACAGCUUCGACGUCGUGGUGCGGGACAACGGCAUCGGUAUGAGCGCCGAGUUCGUGCGAGACUGCUACCGACGACCGUUUACCAAGGCCAGCUCCUUCAAGCAGGGCACCGGGCUUGGUGCGGCUCUAGCCGAGCUUCUGCUGCAAGAGAUUGGCGGCAGCAUGGAGGUGGAUUCGGCAGAGGGCCAGGGGACGCGGGUCACCAUUUCGCUGGCUGUUGAGAUGGGCUCUGUCGACACUACCUACUCGACUGCCGGGAGGGCUCUGGCCGACAGCUCCCAAGCAUCGGCCUCGAUCGUCGCUGCGGCCUACUUUGAGCCCCGCUUCUGCUCGACUGAGCAAGAUGGGGCUGCCUGCUCGUUGCGCGCCUACUGCGACGAUGUGCUCGCCGACUGCGGCUUGCAAGCAGCGACGAUUCCGGAGCAGGCGUCGAUGCUGCUCCUCCCGGUCGACGAUGCAGCACACAUCGAGGAGCUGAGGACGGACAUCCGCUUCGAGCGAUAUCGGAAGGUGGUCGUCGUCGACCUCUGCGACGAGCGAGAGACGGGCCCGCUCAGCGCCAGCCUGUUAGCUGCGAUCGACACAGCAGGCGUCGAAUGCCUCUGCCUGCGGCCGCCGCUGCACACCGGUACAGCGCAUGCGCUUUCGACCUUCCUCUGCUCCGCGGCGACGUCUUCGUCACUGCCGCCCGCAUCCGGCCCCGCAGCAAACGUCGACUCGACGAACCUGGUCUUGGAACGGGAGCUCGAGUCGCUGACCCUCGAGACCGAUCUGGCGCAGACCGCCACGUCUCUGCCAUCGCCCGACUCGUUUACGACACCCAAAGUGGCGCCACUCGAGAUGCCCUCUCCGACCACGAUCGACGCAGCCACGAUGCCGGAUCGCACUGAUGCAGCCACGGCAGGCGGCGGCAGCGGCAACUGUGGCACGGCGAGCGAGCGGCCCUUUUCGGUGCUUCUGGUCGAGGACAACCCGCUUAACAUGCGCCUGCUCCGGACCGUCGUCCAGAAGGUCGGCUGUCCCUUCCAAGAGGCCGAGGAUGGCGAGCAGGCGGUAAACAAGUUCCGCGAGAUGGAUCCGGCCGUCGUACUGCUCGACAUUUCGCUUCCAGUCAUGGACGGCUUCGACGCGUGCAAGCUGAUGCGGGCGCAUUGCAGCCUCGAGGGGAGCGAUGGGCGGCGGCAGCAGCCGCGGAUCGUGGCCAUCUCGGCGCUGUCCUCGGCGUCGGACAUUGCGCGGGGCAUCGACGAGUGCGGCAUGGACGAGUGGCGCACCAAGCCAGCUAACCUGGCGCAACUGCGCAAGGACCUCGUGCGGUGGCAGCAAGAGUAUCGGAUAGCGGCGGCGGCAGGGGCUGAGAGCAGCAGCGCUGCGCAGGGACUGACUGGUGGCGCAGACGAGGCAGUCGCGGUGGCUGCGUAG